GCGAGAUCCCGACGCAGGAAAGGGGCGCGCCCCGGCGGCGCGACGGGCCUCGGACGCCCGCGGCCCGGUACGGAGCAACCGCGGCAGUAGACUUCUUCAAGGGACAGGCACAUCCCCCCUCGCCAUGUCCCGACGAAGCCAGCGCCUCACUCGCUACUCCCAGGGCGAUGACGAUGGCAGCAGCAGCAGUGGAGGGAGCUCGGUGGCAGGGAGCCGGAGUGCCCUGUUUAGGGACGGUCCUCUCAGGACCGUGAAGAGGAAAUCCAGCAACAUGAAGCGCCUGUCCCCAGCACCACAGCUGGGCCCCUCCUCUGACACCCACACCUCCUACUACAGCGAGUCCGUGGUCCGGGAGUCCUACAUCGGCAGCCCCCGGGCGGCCUCCCUGGCCAGGAGCGCCCUCCUUGACGACCACCUGCACAGUGAGCCCUACUGGAGUGGGGACCUGAGGGUGAGGAGGAGGAGAGGCACCGGAGGCACCGAGAGCAGCCAAGUCAACGGGCUGGCAGAGAGCAAGGUCUCUGAGGACUUCCUGGGCUCCUCCUCCGGCUACUCCUCUGAGGACGAUUUUGUGGGCUACUCGGACACAGACCAGCAUAGUUCGGGGUCUCGGUUGAGGAGUGCUAUCUCUCAGGCCGGCUCCUUUGUCUGGACAGUGGUCACUUUUCCAGGCCGGAUCUUUGGACUUCUCUACUGGUGGGUUGGCACCACCUGGUACCGCCUGACGACAGCUGCGUCCCUCCUCGAUGUCUUCGUUUUAACCAGGCGCUUCUCCUCCCUGAGGACUUUCCUCUGGUUCCUGCUGCUGCUGCUGCUCCUGACAGGCCUGACCUAUGGUGCUUGGUAUUUCUACCCCUACGGGCUGCAGACGUUCCACCCCGCUGUGGUUUCCUGGUGGGCAGCGAAGGACAGCAGGAGGCAGCCUGAGGUGUGGGACUCCAGAGGCUCUUCCCCACAGUUCCAGGCAGAGCAGCGCAUCCUGUCCCAGGUGCACUCCCUGGAGCGGCGCCUGGAAGCUCUUGCUGCUGAGUUUUCCUCCAGCUGGCAGAAGGCGGCCAUAAGGCUGGAACGCCUGGAGCUGCGGCAGGGUACCACUGGCCAGGGGGGCAGCAGUGGCCUGAGCCAUGAGGACACCCUGGCACUCCUGGAGGGGCUGGUGAGCCGCCGAGAGGCCGCCCUGAAGGAGGACAUCCGCAGGGAUACCGCCACUCUCCUCCAGGAAGAACUGGUCACUCUGAGGGCAGAACAUCACCAAGACUCGGAAGACCUCUUCAAGAAGAUUGUCCAGGCCUCCCAGGAGUCGGAGGCUCACAUCCUGCAGCUGAGGUCAGAGUGGCAAAGGAUGACCCAGGAGGCCUUCCAGGAGAAGGCGAUGAAGGAGCUGGGGCGGCUGGAGGCCCAGUUAGCCAGCCUGAGGCAGGAGCUGGCAGCUCUGUCCCUGAAGCAGAGCGUUGUGGCAGAUGAAGUGGGCCUGCUGCCCCAGAAGAUUCAGGCUGCUCGCGACGACGUGGAAUCUCAGUUCCCUGCCUGGGUCAGUCAGUUCCUUCUCCGAGGUGGAGGCACCCGCGCUGGCCUCCUCCAAAGAGAGGAGAUGCAAGCUCAGCUGCGGGAGCUGGAGAGCAAGAUCCUCUCCCACAUGGCGGAGAUGCAGGGCAAGUCGGCCCGGGAAGCCGUGGCCUCCCUGGGACUGACGCUGCAGAAGGAAGGCGUGGUCGGGGUCACAGAGGAGCAGGUGCACCGGAUCGUGAAGCAGGCCCUGCAGCGCUACAGCGAGGACCGCAUUGGGAUGGUGGACUACGCCCUGGAAUCAGGAGGGGCCAGUGUCAUCAGCACCCGAUGCUCCGAGACCUAUGAGACCAAGACAGCCCUCCUCAGCCUCUUCGGCAUCCCCCUGUGGUACCACUCCCAGUCACCCCGUGUCAUUCUUCAGCCAGAUGUGCACCCCGGUAACUGCUGGGCCUUCCAGGGGCCCCAGGGCUUUGCCGUGGUCCGCCUCUCUGCACGCAUCCGCCCCACAGCUGUUACCUUAGAGCAUGUACCCAAGGCACUGUCACCCAAUAGCACCAUCUCCAGUGCCCCCAAGGACUUUGCUGUCUUCGGGUUUGAUGAAGAUCUGCAGCAGGAGGGGACGCUUCUGGGCACGUUCACCUAUGACCAGGAUGGGGAGCCCAUUCAGACCUUCUACUUCCAGGCUACUAAAAUGGCCACAUACCAGGUGGUGGAGCUGCGGAUCCUUACCAACUGGGGCCAUCCCGAGUACACCUGCAUCUACCGCUUCCGGGUGCACGGGGAGCCUGCUCACUAGCCCUGUGAAGCUUCUCAUGCCUGCUGCCAGCCAUCUGGGAGGCUUGCCCCUCCCACAUGUACCCCUACUCUAGGAGUGCGUGUGCAGCACCCCACCUCCAACCCCACAAGCUUGAUCAGCGCUCUGACUUCCAGGAGCAAGAAAGAAGAGCCCUGGCCCUGGGGAGAUGAGAAAGAAUGUGCAGGGUUUUGUCAAGCAGCGGGCAGCCCACAGUGGCCAGCAGGUUCCAGUGCUUCCAGCACCCUUCCUUCUCCAGACUGGGCUGGCACCAUGGGGAGUAUAUAGCAUACCAGGGGGGUGGGGAGGCAGGAGGCAGGGCCACCACCCAGAGAGCUCCUGGUGGGGGUAAAGCAGGUGGGAAGCCAUGGUGGGCCCCACCUGACCGGGGGAGGAGGUUGCUCAAUAUCCAACUGCUGUGCUCUGCCCGCGAGGCUGGUGUCACGGAUUGGCCCGCGGGGAUCCCAAGGGGCUUCUUCAGAGGCCUGUUUUAUCCUGGGUAGAGGUGGGCCACGGGGCUUCUUAUACCCUGGCGGGGACUGCUCCUGUGCACCUCUUAAGGCUGCUGCCUAUGCCAACCUGUUGGAGUCCCCUGUGCUGGGGGCAACCUCGGCUUUUUCUCUCCUGAUGCCAGGGCAAAGCCUGCUCUGCCCCCCAUUCCUGCUAGGGCCCGCCUGUGUCCCAGAGCAAGCUUCCCACAUUCUCCAGCUGCAGGGGCCUAGGUCUGCCUUUGGGGUCAUUAGCAUUUGGGGUUACCUAGGAGGGAGGGGACAGGAGACCUCCUUGUCCAGUGGUAAUGACCGUGACAGUGCCAUAUGACCCAACAGUGCCAUUCAGGGUGUCAGGUGGGAGGAGGGCUGUCUGCAAUGAGGAGAGGGGCUUUAGACCCACGGCCCUGCUGUAUAAUGUAUAUAUUUUUCAAGGUCUGUUUUUUUAACUUCAAAGCUAACGGCUUGAUUCUUAGCCCCGUUCUGUGGGGCACUGGGUGGUUCUCAGCGGGGCUUGGUCCUGGCCUGUGGGGAGGGGGCAGGACCUGACUUGGCUCUGAGGCUCAGGUGACGAUGAAGUAGUGGCCCCUGCACAGCCCUGCCCCUGCCCCGAGACAACCAAGUCUCGUUCUGCGCUCUCCUGUCACAGAUGCUGCACUGUUGGUUUUUAAUUUUUUAUCUUCAGAUUCUAAUUUAUGGCUAUGCAAAAAUAAAUAAAUAAAAGGAUGCCAGGA